CCUCCGCCGCCGCCGGCCCGGCCCGCUCCGCUCUCCUCCCGCACCGCGCCGCCGCCCGCCUCCGCCACCGGCGCCCCCUGCCCUCCCCUACCUCCCGGGUGCCGCCGCCACGCCAGCGCGGGGCUCGGGCGCAGCGCGCAGGCCGCGGCCCCGCCGGCGGCGAGCGGGCGGGCUGACAGGGGCCUCCCGCCGCAGGUGAGGGGCCCGGCCGCCGCUGCCGCCCUUUGUGUGGGCCUCGCCGGGGCGGCCCCGGCCGGGCAGGGAGCCCCCGCCCCCCACCCCACCGCAGGGCCUCCCGGCGCGGCGGCGGCAGCAAAGGCCUCGGGGCGCCGCCGCCGCGUUUGUCCGCAGGCCGGCGGGGCCGGAGGAGGCGUCCCAUGGGGAGAGGCGAGCGGCGGGACGGGCCUGGCCGCGGGCUGCGGCGGCGGCGGCUGGUCCCCCAGCUCCCCGGCCGCCCCCGCGCCCCGGGGCCCCGCCGCGCCGCUCCCUGAGGCGGCCUGGGCCCGGCUGCGGGAGGCCCGGACAGCGGGAGCCCGGGCAGGCGGGAGUCGGAGCCGGCCAUGCCGGAGCGGGCCGUGCCGCGGGCCGCUGCUCCAGUUUGAAAGUACCUCGGCUUUCCCGGCUUCUCUCCUUGAAUGGUUGUCGCUUCCCACCUCCCACGGAGGGAUGAGUUAGGCUCGGAGCUGGCUCGGGUACCCGUGCAGAGCCCUCGGUAAGCCAAGAGCGAGCUGCCCCCUGGGCCACUUCCUUCACCCUUUACAAAUGUGAGCACAUCACAGCCAGUACGGAGAAGGGCCUUCUCUUGUCUUCAAGGCACUUGCUUCUGCCUCCUGUUCUUUUGUCCAAAAAAGAAAAAGCCAAACCAAAUCAGUCCACAAAGAACUUGUGCUGAUCUAAGGAGGAGGCUGUGGAGUCUUAGUCACCCCUUUGCUUCCCAAGAUCUUGGCUGUGGGCUGGAUUUUCUGCCCUCGACUUCAGGGGAUCAGCUAAGGGGAAUCAGGAUCUUGGAUACUUUCAAUUUUGGUUUUUACUUGGACCCUUUCAACCAAGAAGCUGAAGCUGUCACUGCUAAAAUCCCGUUUUUUUCUCCCAAGCAUGUCAGAAAGCUGGCAGCAGCCACAGCAGCAACCACAGCAGCAGCCGCCGCCACCACAGCAGCACCACGCUGGGGCAGCCGCCCUCCCAGAGCACUCCAUCCCGCCCAGCACUGCUGACAACCCCUUGGGCUGUGCCGUCUACGGCAUCCUGCUCCAGCCAGACCCCGGGCUGCAGCACCACCAGCACGCCCCCAUCCAGGCUGGAGAGCCGUCCCACAAAUGCGGUGUGUGUGGCCACGACCUUGCCCACCUCUCCAACCCCCAUGACCACCAGUGCUUGCCAGGCCAUGACCGCUCUUUCCAGUGUACCCAGUGCCUGAAGAUCUUCCACCAGGCCACUGACCUCCUCGAACACCAGUGCAUCCAGGUGGAGCAGAAGCCCUUUGUGUGCGGUGUCUGCAAGAUGGGCUUCUCCCUCCUGACCUCGCUGGCGCAGCACCACAAUGUCCACAAUGGCAAUGCUAUGAAGUGCUCUAUCUGUGAGAAGACCUACAAGCCUCCCGAGGCGGAGCAUUCGCAGCCUCUCGACCCCUCGGAGAAGCCCUACAGCUGCUCCAUCUGUCAGAAAACCUUCAAGCACCUCUCGGAGCUUUCCCGGCACGAGCGCAUCCACACGGGUGAGAAGCCGUACAAGUGCACACUAUGUGACAAGAGCUUCAGCCAGUCGUCCCACCUGGUGCACCACAAACGGACGCACAGCUCAGAGCGGCCCUACAAGUGCACAGUGUGCGAGAAGACCUUCAAGCACCGGUCCCACCUGGUGCGCCACAUGUACGCACACUCGGGGGAGCACCUCUUCAAGUGCAACAUCUGCGAGCUGCAUUUCAAGGAGUCCUCAGAGCUGCUGCAGCACCCCUGCACGCCCAGCGGGGAGCGGCCCUUCCGCUGUGGCGAGUGCCAGAAGGCCUUCAAGCGCCCCUCGGACCUGCGGCAGCACGAGCGCACGCACAGCGAGGAGCGGCCCUUCAAGUGUGACCUCUGCCAGAUGAGCUUCAAGCAGCAGUAUGCGCUCAUGCGCCAUCGCCGCACGCACAAGGCCGAGGAGCCCUUCAAGUGCAACCUGUGCGAGAAGGGCUUCGUGCAGCCCUCGCACUUGGUGUACCACCAGCACGUGCAUGGCAUAGAAAACCUCUUCAAGUGCAACGUGUGCCAGAAAGGCUUCAACCAGUCCUCAGAGCUGCUGCGGCACAAGUGCGUGCAGAAUGCAGAGCGGCCCUUCAAGUGCGCAGUGUGCAACAAGUCCUACAAGCGGGCCUCAGCUCUGCAGAAGCACCAGCUGGCCCACUGCGCCGAGAAGCCGCUCAAGUGCACGCUCUGCGAGAGACGUUUCUUCUCCUCCUCCGAGUUUGUGCAGCACCGCUGCGACCCAGCCCGCGAGAAGCCCCUCAAGUGCCCCGACUGUGAAAAGCGGUUCAAGUACGCCUCGGACCUGCAGCGCCACCGGCGCGUGCACACGGGCGAGAAGCCCUACAAGUGCCCCUCCUGCGAGAAGGCCUUCAAGCAGCGCGAGCACCUCAACAAGCACCACAGCGUGCACGCCCGGGAGCAGCAGUACAAGUGCAUGUGGUGCGGGGAACGGUUCCUGGACUUGGGCCUGCUGCAGGAGCACAGUGUCCAGCACACAGCCGAGGGCACCUACCAGGUGGCCGCCUGCUUGCCGUGAGCCUCCUGUCCCUCGGUGGCUUUCAGCUUGCAUGUGGCACUCCUGAGCCUCGGCCUCCUCUUCCCUCUCCUAGGUUGUAGACGGCCUCCAGCAAGUUUGGGGGAAAGGGGAGGUACAGUGGGCAGGCAGGUAAACUUUCCUCCGGCCUCUGUGGUUGAUACACCACCUGUAUCACAGGGACGACAGGAAAAGCUCGAAGGGGUGGAGAGGAAAGGAGGGUGGUGGGGAGAGGAAACGAUGUCUGUAGUUGCCUGGCGUCCCCUGGACUGUAGUUUGUGCUGUACCUGCAGUUCCAGUUCUGGGAGCUCAGCUGCCUGCUGCGGGCACCAGCCCUUCGCGUGCGGCCUCUUUCCCCUGCCCUGCCUGAUGGGGUCAGAAGGGAGGGCUGGGCAACUCUCCUCCUGGAGAGGGCUCAGGAGCAAGGCAAAGCCAGCUCUCCCUUCUCCCAGGGUGUGCGGCUCAGGGAGAAGUAGCAGGUUUCCGCUGCUGGGAUCUCCCAACUUUCUUGGUCCAAGCUCAGUUGAAAGGACCAUUUCAGAUCAUUAGCAUUGAUUGACUGCCCCAACCUCCCCUGCUCUCCCUCUUUCUAGAGUGUAGAAAGGGAAAAGCCAUGGGGCUGCACAGCUCCAAAAAGCACUUUGGCAUUGCUGCUUUUGCAGUUGCUGGCUGUCACGCUCUGCGAGGGUUCUGAGCGAGCCUGCCCGCCCCUGUCCCUGCCAGCAGCACGGGGUAGAGUAGCAAGCGCUGCGCCACUACCGGAGAGCAUGGCGAGGAGAGCCUCCGUGCCCUACUCCUGGCGUUUAAGAGCUGCUUCCCAAGGGGCUUAGCUCUCCUGCCAAGAUGCGCCUCAAGGCCCCUUCCCUCUUUGCACCACUUGGGCCAUUGGCAUACCUCCAGGGGUGUCAGGCAAAGGGUCAUCCCAGCAGUUCGAACACUAAAGGGUGAGGCGAACACUACUAAUAACCUACAACUUCGGAGACGUUACCAUCACUGAUGGUAACCCAUGCCUGCGCCAGGGGCUUGGUCUGAUUUGCUGGGGGAAAGCAGAGCGAGCCAGGAGAAUCCUUCCUGGUCUGCGGGCUCGGCUACACAGCGAGGGGAAGGUUAGCAGUGGGUGAAGGAGGAACGUACUUUUUACCCCCCCCCGUCUUGCAGGAGUCCUGUUUUACUCCUUUACUCCUUCUUUACCUCUUCUGUAUUUUUCAGGUUUUGCACAGUUCUUGUAAACAUCACUUAAAAAUAAAUUUCCCCUAGCAAGGUCAAUGCAGCCUCAGGUGUUUUCCUCUGCAGGAUUUUGCUGGUUUCUCACAACCAAGAGACCCAUUACAGGCCAGUUAGAUGCCUUGGGGGUUGAAGGCAUGCUUAAUAGGUUGCCCACCAGCCUCCCCCUCUCCGUGGAGAUACAAAGGUGUUAAAUAUAUCCAUCUUGGAGGUAUUCAAGCCCUGUCAGGAUGCGGUCCUGGACAACCUGGUGUAGCUGACCCUGCCCAAGCAGGGGGUUGGAUGAGACGACCUCCAGAGGUCCCUGCCGGCCUCAGCUCUUCUGUGACCUUGUCUGGCUCCCGUAUGAGGAAGAGUGUUGUGAUGAGCUGUAAUUAGUGAACAGCAGCCAGUGAGUUGCCCGUGUGCUGCACAGGUGAUUAGGACAAGUUUAAUAAAUGUUGUCCAUGGCAAGUAGAGAAAUACAAACCUUGCAGAGCGUUGGGCUGUGCCUGCUUUGCUGGUAGGGAAUGCUCAUCUGAAAGGUGGAGAAAGGUUUUUUGCCCCCAGUUUCAGCACAGUGAGGGGGAACGGGGUGUGUUUUUGGGGGCUGGGACGGGUAAUGACAGGUCUGACCCUGGGGCUGAGUCUUCUUUCAUGUGCAGCUUUAAGGAGCUUAAAGCAGACCUUGCUAUCUGCUGCCCAAGGAAGAGGGACCGAUAGUUAUCGUACUUCAUGCUCCCUCAAGGAUGUGGAACUUCCUACCAAGUUUUCUGUCUGUGUUUCUUUUUGCUUUUUUUUUUUUUGCCUUUUUUUUUUUAACGCAGUUUGUUAAUAUUCAUUAAAAACAUACUGUAUAGUUUAACUUGAUGUCAUACUGGAUCUUUAAAAAAAAAAGUGAUAACUUGGAUUUUUAAAAGGCUCUUUGGUUCUAGGUAGCUGGUUUUUGCUGUUUAAUAUGUAGUAAGUUCAGUGUAUGCUUUACUGUAGGAGUAAAAAUGAGGAGUAAAACCAAGGAAGGCUAACCCUGUCUUUGCAGAAGGGCUUGGUGGGUGACCGAGGCUGCGAGCGUGGGACCGGGGCCAGCCAGGGAGCGCGGCACCCCCUGACCCCUUGCUCUCUUCCUGCCUCAGGGCCAUGGUUAGCUCUGGUCUUGCCCCAGGCAGCCCAGCACUGCUGGCGCGGGUCCCACAGAGCCAUGGGUUCAGCACUUGCCCUGACCGCUUGAGCACAGCACCGGCAUCCAGGAUUGGUGCCCGGAGCUGGGAGCUUGCAGAGAGGCUCGUCUUUAGCAAGAGAGGAGCACAGACUGGAGGCUGCUGGAGCCUCGGGGGAGCAGGGGUUGUAGCUGUAUUUCUUUCUGGGACAGCUGCUGGCUAGAGUGAGGUUUGGAGAAAUCACUGGCAUGGCCCCUGAGGGGAUGUGCCGUGCUCUCUUCCCUCCCCAGGGCCCCAGGUGGCUGGACGGCCUCAGGUGCUCGGGGCAGAGGAGUGUGGUGGUGGGACCCGGACAGAGCUCUGCACCACGUGCUGGCCACAGAGCUGCUGGAUCCUGUUCCCUGGGUACCAGCUGGGCACAGGGACCGUUGGGGAGCAUUUCCCUCACGCUGAGCAGCUGGGAAAGCCCUCGGUGUCCCAGCAAGGAGCUCCGGCUCUGCUUAGGAUGUGGCAACAGCCAAGCAGCACCGUGGGCAGAGGAAGCAUCAUCAGGGCUGUGUGCUUGAGGGCCCACGCCAGGGGGGAGAGGGGAUGCUGUGGGGAGCUCAGCAGGGACCAGCACAGGUCCAGGUCAUCAGCCAGUGCCUGUGAGUAGGUGCCUCCAGGUUGGAAAACGUCUUGAUGUGGCUUUAGAGCGUCGUUAAGUAGGACUGGCUUGUGGGCUCAUGGGGAUUCGGUCUCUUCAUCUUGUUUGCUGCCCUGCAACAGCCCAAAUCCAGUAGAAGCCCAUGCUGGCUUCUGCUGCCAGACCUUGGCGCUGGCAGGUGGGGGACCUGUGUGGAGCAGGUGGCCGAGCAGCCUCCGAGAGCCUCGGGUAUGUUUAUUUUCGAGGGAGAUUGUCUAGUUGGAAGCGGCUGUGUUGGGUACCCGGGGAAGCAGGUCCGUCUCCGUUGCUGUGCCUUUUGGUCAUGUUUUGUACCAUGAGGUGAGAGGUGGUGGAAGUAGCAGGAGGCACAUGAGUGUCAGGAGCAUGGUGCUGGGUGGGGAGGCAGGGGCUGGCCCGGAGCACCGAUGGUUGUCCUCCCUGGGCAUUACACCAUGAAGGGCUCUCUGCUAACUGCUGGUUUUUCCUUUGCAAACCAAAGAGCAGUUGUGGCCAAAGCCCCUUGGGGAGUAGAACAUGUUUCUACUCUGUCCCUGUGUUGUACUUCCCCUCUGACGUUUAUUUCAAGAGACUUUUGGGCUGCUUCAUGCUGCUUCCGCUUGGGCCUCGCUCACCGCCCCACAGCACCCAAGAGGGUCGCCGUGCUGGAGCUGGUGUGGCAUCAGCCCCCACGGCAAGUGCUCGUGUGUGUCUUUGAGAUGUGGUUGCCAGGCUGCCGGGGGAUGCUCUGUAGGGCAGCGUAGGGGAUGGUCCCUCCCGAUGGGCUGUUCUCUUCGGCAGGCGGUUCGAGCGUGGGAUACCACUGGGGAGGUGGCGGGGAGGGUUAGGCUGGCUGGAGGCGGUGUGGAUAUUGUCCAGAAGAUAAAUUCUGCUCUCUAGGGUUGCUGUUCCUCUGGCUUCCUGGGUCCAGAAAUAAGGUAGUCUCUUACCCGGGCUUUUUUCCCCGUCUUCGCUUCCCCUUACCCUACCCACAGGAUGCCUUUAGCUGUGUCCCAGCCCCUUCCCCUCCACGGCUCUUUUGCUUAUACGUUUAUAAGACCUUCUAGGCUUCUCUGCCCUUUGUUCAAUUCUUUACUUGCAAGCGGCGGUUUGGUUUUCAUCCCUUUUUCCAUUUUGAUUGCGGGGUCUCUUCCCCCUCUCCUCCCCCCACGCCCCCAGUUCCUCUUCCAGGCUGGAUCCAGGUGGUACCAAACCACCGUUGACGAAGUCAGGUGUUUGGCACCCGAAUCUUGCUGGAAUCCAGUGGGUGCUUCUGGUCCUUCCCCCUCCAUGAGGCUGUCCGUCUCGCUGAUACCUGUGGCCUGGCAGCUUGGCUUGGCCGGAUCGUGUCCGUGGUACAGCUGGCUCUGGCAAGGGAGUUGAAGCCAGGACCAGGAGCCAGAGCAGAGCUGGAGGAAAUGGGCACUGGGGUGACAGUGGCCAUUUCCAUGGUGGGUCCCUUUGCCACAUCUCCAAGGCUCGGGGUUAAGUCAGUGAAGGGCUGUCAGACGUUCCUGGGAGAAGUCAUGGCGCUGGGCUGGGGUUGGACUGCUCAGUUCCCUGGGGACACCCGCUGAGUGGCUGCAUGCGUCAGGCAGGUGGCCGAACCGAGCGAGCUGUGGUGUGGACACCCCUGAUCCCGUUGGUAUGCCCAGGUGGCCCUGCCAGCUCGCCGGGGAGCAGACGCCGUCCCUGCGAGUUGGGUGGGAAGAGGUGCACGCUCUGGUCUUGGGGCCCAUGCGCUGGGGCAGGUGGCGAGGGGGAAAGCGUCAUCUGACAGUGGUUUGGGACCAUCUCUGGGUGCUCAAGCCUGGCCUUGCACUGUUUGGAGGGAGGAGAGCGCUUUCUGUGAUUCCCUUGGGUAUUUACCAUCAAGUCCAGGCUGCAGCCAGAGCCUGGCUGUUAAGCAAAAAACCACCUUUUUGUUCUUCAGAGCUUGACUCUUCCUUUGUCAGGCAGUGAGUUCAUGUGUGGGAAGGUUCCUGCGCGUGCAGACAGAAUGCUGAGAUGCAAUAUCGGCGGGCUGGUGAGGUCUGGGGACGGUGGCUCUCCCCCUUGGCCCUGGUGAGCCCAGCUUCUCCCCAGCCGCCCCCGCAGUGUCUCCCGGCAGCCACCUCCGCCGCUUUCCGGAUGUGAAGAUGCUGCUCUCGCAGCGUGCCCGGGAUGCUCAGCAGGGAGGGAGCUGGACCAUGGGGCUCAUCUCCGAACGCCUCCAGGCCACGGGUCCGAGGGAUUUCGUGCCCGGUGAGGUUCUCGGGCUCCUCCUAACCUGCACUCGUGCCUCUGGCAGAGUUCCCAGGGCCAUGGGAAAUCGUGGCCAAGGAUGGCGAGGUUUGUGUGGCUUGCAGUGCCUUUAACACUGCUCUCCGUGUGUUUCUAAGAUGAUACUCCAUGUACGUGUGUAUAUAUAUUGUAUUAACACAUCCCGCUCUUCUGUGUGAGUGUCAAAUGGUUUUGCUUUACUAAUAAAUUUAUAGUUAUUUAUA